AUGGGAGGGUUGAGUGAUAUUAUCAAAUCCACGAAUGAUUCUGAUAGAGAAAUCACCCAACAAAUUGGUUGUCAAGAAAUUGGAGACCAGAGGAAUGACCAAGGAUUGACGUCCAUUACUUCAUCAAACUUGAAACAGAAUGUUGAAGGAGCUGAAGAGUGUACUAUAUCAGAAAAUGUUCAGAUAUCUACUUCAUUAGCUCAUUCAGAACCGGAAAGCUCAACCAAGAGUAUCAAUCAAAUAAUGCCCGGUUCAGAGAUACCUGCAGUAAUGCCAACUUCAUCUUUACCUCCUCAAUCAGUUAGCAAGCCGUUGACAAGUAAUCCUAUAGAUAUAUCUCUGCCUAAAACGCCUCAUGAUGAAACUGAGUUGGUCAAUACGAUAUCAACCAGUCAAUUGGAUUUGAAGGACCAACAACAAUCACUUGAAAAAAUUGGAAUUACAAAAAAUGAAAUUCCUCAUGAAAUCAAAGUAAUGCAAACAUCAUUCAUAUAUAUGGAGCAACUUAUUCUCCCUUUUUUCUUCUUUUGGGUGAUGCAGAUUAUUAGAGAUCUAGAAGUUCAGAGUGCUCAAAAGGAAACUGUAUCAAGGGAAAAUGUAGGGGAUAAAAUUCAACUCUCUACAAACUCAUUCAAAUACUGUAAAACUCACAGAUCAUAA